ACUACUGCAUUUUCUUUGGAGUGAAGGACAGGGUUAACGGCGCCUGAACGAGUCUCAGGACCUAGGCCGCAACAUUCAAAAGUGCGGAGUAUCGUUACACAUGCUAGUUUGCUAACAUUGUGAUCAUUCUGAUUUGAUUAACGUUAGUUAGCCAGUUAACGUUUGAUAUCUUCCUUUUUAAACUAGUUAGUUAAUGGUUUUAAAAACAACCUAACGAGAAAACAUGCAGCUUGCACAAUAUUGAUGUAUCCACACUACUGUACCCAAGACCUGAUACUUUUGACCAGAGACUCGACUUCUUGGCCAGUCUAGACUAAAGACACUACAACAGCUAUGGACACCAGUGUGGUUGAAGGAGGGCUCAAUGUCACCCUUACCAUUAGACUACUUAUGCACGGAAAGGAGGUUGGAAGCAUUAUUGGCAAGAAAGGAGAGUCUGUGAAGAAGAUGAGAGAGGAGAGUGGUGCUCGUAUCAACAUCUCAGAGGGGAACUGCCCAGAGAGGAUCAUCACCCUGGCAGGCCCCACCACCGCCAUCUUUAAAGCCUUCUCCAUGAUCAUCGAGAAGCUGGAGGAGGACAUCAGCAGCUCAAUGACUAACAGCACAGCCACCAGUAAACCGCCAGUUACCCUGCGCAUCGUUGUGCCUGCCAGCCAGUGUGGCUCGCUCAUCGGCAAGGGUGGCUGCAAGAUCAAGGAAAUCAGAGAGUCGACAGGAGCUCAGGUGCAGGUGGCAGGGGACAUGCUGCCUAACUCCACGGAGCGUGCCAUCACCAUUGCAGGGACCCCCCAGCCCAUCAUCGAGUGUGUCAAGCAGAUCUGUGUCGUCAUGCUUGAGGUAUCUCCGCCUAAGGGUGUAACCAUCCCUUACAGGCCCAAACCCUCAGGCUCUCCCGUUAUCUUUGCAGGUGGUCAGGCAUAUGCUGUCCAAGGACAGCACGCCAUUCCACAGCCUGACGUAAGUGAAGGUCAUUCUCUUACCAAACUCCACCAGCUGGCCAUGCAGCAGAGCCCUUUCCCCAUCGCUCCCAACAACCAGGGUUUCCAAGCUGGGAUGGAUUCUUCUGCACAAACUAGUUCCCAUGAGCUGACCAUUCCAAACGAUUUGAUUGGCUGCAUCAUUGGCCGUCAGGGGGCUAAGAUCAAUGAAAUCCGUCAGAUGUCUGGGGCUCAGAUCAAGAUCGCCAACCAAGUGGAGGGCUCCUCUGACAGGCAGGUUACCAUCACCGGCUCCCCUGCCGGCAUCAGCCUGGCUGAGUACCUGAUCAACGCCAGGCUGUCCUCUGAAGCUACUGGACUGGCAGCCAACUGACACGGAGGAUCUUCAUCAGCACCUGACGUAACCCCCCCUGCUUUUUUUACAGAGUCCCUCACUGAAGUUAAUGCAAAAACCAAGUAUUCUCAACUUACUGUUUUCUCUUUUCCUUUGGUUAAACACCUACAUACUCAGUUGUAAUUACAUCAAUGUAUUUUAUUUAUUUAUGUUUUAAAUUCCCUUUGCAAAUAGUUAUUUUGAAAGAUAUUUUGUUUUUGGUAAUUCUUUUGGUGUUUUUCUGUUUUGAAAUGGGAAAAAUCUGAAAAGGCAUAUUUUGUCAGACUUUUCUUACAAAAUGUAAAAAAAAAAAAAAGAAGACCCAAUAAUAACAUACUAGAUGGACUGUUUUUUUCCUCCCUGCAUUUGAUUAAUUUUUAUCUGUAUUUAUUUUUUAUUUAAUACACACCAGUCCUCGUGUUAGAAUUCACUGAUAUUUGACAUUCUUUAAAGCUGAACUUCCAGAACGAGGCAUUGUGGGCAAUGGGUAUACGUGGGGUGUAAAUGAUGUUCUCUUUAAAAAAAAAAAAUGUAAUGAAAGACUGUCAGAAAAUAAUUGAAACGUCUCUCUAAAGUGGGACUAUGAAGAGAAUUUUAAACUGAAUUCUGUGUCACCUCUUAUUUGAUGUAUAAUUAUUUUGUCAUUCCUGUUUCCAUCCUCUUUUUUUUUUUUUUUUUUUUUUUUAUCUGGACAUUUGAGUGUUGUUGUGUACUGGAUUCUGAUAGGGUUGGGUGGGUGGGGGCAUGGUAACCCGGAGACAACGGGCCAGAGGAAUGGAUUUCUUUUCUCAGAAAUUACUAAAAUAAUAAUGAUAAUAACAUUGGAAUAUUUGUUUUAAAUAGAGAAAAUAUUUUUUUUAACUGCUGGGGUGGGGGCUAGGGGCAAAACUCCCCAAAAGACUUGUGGGUCUUUAUAUGAUCAGACUUGAGGUAUUAAUUUAAAACAACUAGAAGGAAGAUUAUAUAACUAACACUAGUUUCCUCCUUUGCCUGGGUCAGGUUUUAUUUUGUAUUAUUCUUUGCAGGAUGAAGAAACAUGUUUUUGUGCACGUUUUCAAACUAUUGUAGAUUUGGGUGCAACUGAAUUGUUGAACUUAAAUACAGAAAUAAAAAUAUGUCAAACGCUUAAACUA